UCUUUCUAAAAGCCCAUGUUAUGUUACAACAAUGAUUAAUCAAUUUAAAAAUCAUAUGUAGCAUAAGAUACCAAAGACAAUACUAUUUUGUUUAUAUUUCAUUGGUGUUACACAAUCAUUGAUUUUUACAGUUGUGUAUUAUGUGACAAUACAUGUUCAUGAGAAUUAGAUAAUAAUUGUUCAAGAAUAGUAGUAAAAGGGAAGAACAUAAAAAACAGGAAUAAAGGAGACAAAAACAUAUAUGUCAGUGCUGAUUUUUUGCUCUUGUCCUUCAAGCCUAAGCUUUUAUAUGCUUUCCUUUCUUUGCUCUUCAUUUGACUUCAUAGCAUAUUGCUUUUUCUUUGAUAAAUAAACUAUGCAUACCAAUUUAGUGUAACAUGGUUUAUCACUUAUUUAUACUAGUUUCAACCAAGUGGCUUGAUUCAAUUGGCUAAUGAGUUUCGGAUAAUGAUAAAUCGAUUGGAGCGAAAUUGAGUUCAAAUUCUGACUAGAACAAUCACUGAAUACUUAUCUCAACCAUGAAGUUUCAAAGCAAUGAGAUUCUCAAUGGAAAGUACACAGCAAGAAAAACAACCAAAAGUGCUUUUCUCAUACCUUUCACUCUUCUACUCAUCAUGUUUCCUCUUAUUCUCAUGAGAAACACAGAAGAAUCAUCACCAUCAUCAUCAUCAUCGUCGUCAUCUCCGAACGUGUCUUCUGUCAGAAACAUGAUGAACAACAGAACAGAAACAAAAGGAUGUGACAUUUUUUCUGGUAACUGGAUUCCUUAUUCUGAGGAACCUUAUUACAAUAAUGGAACAUGCAAAUGGAUGAUAGAUGAACAAAACUGCAUGAAAUUCGGUAGACCUGAUGAAGAGUAUCUUCAUUGGAGAUGGAAGCCGAAUGAAUGCGAGCUUCCGCUCUUUAAUGCAACUCAAUUCUUAGAGCUUGUUAGUGGUAAGAAAAUGGUUUUUGUUGGAGAUUCUGUUGGAAGAAACCAGUUGCAAUCUUUGUUGUGCCUCCUAAGUCAAGUGUCUGAACCGGAAGACGUUUCUCAUAAAUACAAUUCAGAUGUCAUAUAUUUCAGACGGUAUUUCUUUCCGGAUUACAAUUUCACCCUUGGAAAUCUAUGGUCACCAUAUUUUGUGAGAUCAGGUGAUGCUGAUAAAAAAGGCCAUUCAUACAACAGCAUCAUGAAAAUACAUGUAGAUGAGGUUGAUGAAGCAUGGUCAAGUCAAGUUGAAAACUUUGACAUAGUAAUAAUCUCAGCAGGGCAUUGGUUUUUUAGACCUUUAAUGUACUAUGAAAAAGGUCAACUUGUUGGAUGCAACAGAUGUGGAAUAGAGAAUGUAACAGAUCUUGCUCACUACUAUGGUUACAAAAUGGCAUUUAGGACAGCAUUUAGAACCUUAACAAGUCUUGAAAAUUUCAAGGGUGUGACAUUUUUUAGGACAUUUUCUCCAUCACAUUUUGAGAAUGGAGAUUGGAACAAAGGAGGGAAUUGUGUGAGGACAAAGCCAUUUAGCAAGGAAGAAAUGAAGUUAGAUGGUUACACUCUACAGACAUACUUGACCCAAGUGAAUGAAUUUAAAGUAGCACAAGAGGAAGCAUCAAAUAAGGGAUUGAAGUUUUUGAUGCUAAAUACAACUGAAAUUAUGUUAUUGAGACCUGAUGGACACCCUAAUAAUUAUGGACAUUCUAAGGACACAAAUGUUACAUAUUACAAUGAUUGUGUUCAUUGGUGCUUGCCUGGACCUGUUGACACAUGGAAUGAGUUUUUGCUAUAUAUGCUGAAUACAGAAACUCACUCAUCUUAUAGUUCAAAGAUAGAGAGUGUUGUUUGAGCAUAAGAUUUACCUUGUUAGGCAGAGUAUUUAUUUUUUGAGGAUUUUAUUUUGUAAAUCAAUUAUUCUCCGUAUUCAACUGAAGAGUCUAAUUCUUCAAAGCACAUAAGAUCAUAAUGAGUGCCAAAGUUCUUCCUCUAGAGUUUUAAUGUUACUGCAAUCUCAAUGCUAAAUUCAAGCUCAUGAACUCUGGUUUGAUUUAUUGUAAUUUACUAAAGGGUAGGGGAAAUGGUGUAAGAGAUUGAUGAAUGUAUUUAUUUACUAUAUAGAUAAUAACAUGCAGAGUGUAUAAAGUA